GGCUUCCUGCAUGGAAAGUAACGUUCCCCGGCAGAGGUUAGAGUGCCAGCUUCUUCAGCGUUAGUCACUCGAGCCCACAAACUACACAGGUGUCUCGAAACAAACCUGUCUUCUCCACAGAACUGUGUCGGAUAAACCAUGGACCAGGAACCAGAACAGACACAAAGCAGCAGCACGGAGGAUGAAACGGAAGCCAGACCUGACAAGGUCCAACAGCCCUCCAAGGCUCCCAGGAAAAUAGCCCCCUUGCUGGCAUCAUUUCCAACUGCCAUGAUGAAGUUCACAAGUUUCAAAAAACAUAAAAUGCCCGUUUCUUCAAAUGCCACGAAGUUACCAGAUGUGAAAAAAGACGCUUCCUUGGAAGGGCCAUUCGGUUUGGGCCCUCUAGUGUUCCCUAAUUUACAGCGUUUCAACAACAUUAAGUUUUUCCUCACUUUGUACUGUAUGGUGGUCCUAGCUCAAGGUUUUAUAUUUGGUCUUGUUGGUCUGAGUAUUGGACACUUUCAAAAGGAAUUUUAUCUGUCAAUUCCAGAGAAUAUUAUAUUGUCCUUCAGCUAUGAUUUUAUAUCUUUGCUGGUGGCAAUAUUGGUAGCAUACUAUGGAAGUAGAUGGCACAGGCCAAAGUGGGUGGCAGCUGCUGCUUUUUUAGUGGGACUUGGAUCCAUGUUUUGUGCUGUUACAUACAUGAAAUAUCAAGUUGUAAUGCCAAAGGAAGAAAGCGAAGACUUGUGCAUAGAAGAGGAAGACAGGUCAAUGACAGAAUGUGGGAAAAAUGUAGCACCACACAGAUCAGAAAUUCUCUCUCUCUUCAUCCUCGGGCAGUGUCUCCAGGGACUUGCAGGCAUGCCUAUCUAUAUUCUUGGUGUGACCUACAUUUACGACCACACGACCACACACUCAGCUGGCACCUAUCUAGGUAUUAGUGAAGCUUUACAAGUACUGGGAUAUGGUCUGGGUUACAUCGUGGGAUCACCAAAUCUUAAGCCUCCAAAUAAUCAAGCUUUGAAGGAUGGGGUAGGUUACAACUUUCUAUGGGAGCAAGUCAAUUGUUGGGCUGGUUUCCUUGCUGCCACUCUACUUGCAUGGUUCGCAUUUUUACCAUUGUUAUGUUUUCCAACUAAUUUACCUGGUUCACACAAACUAAGACAUCGGAAAAGAAAGGAACCUGUCAUCUUUGACAAGAGACUUAAACAUAAGAAAUUUGGACCUCAUUUGAAGGAUUUACUUAGUGCUCUUCAGUGUCUGUCGAAGUGCCCGCUGCUGAUAUGCCAUGCAAUGUGCAAAGCCACAGAGUCACUGUCUAAUAUUGGAGCUACAGAAUUUUUGCCCAAAUAUUUAGAAAAUCAGUUUUUGCUAACGCCCUCACUUGCUACUCUGCUUACAGGGAUUAUUUUAGUCCCAGGAGGUGCAAUUGGCAAUUUUCUAGGAGGUUUCAUUGUUUCCAAGUUGAAAAUGUCUUGCAAAAGCCAAAUGAGAUUUGUAAUGGUGACAUCUAUUAUAUCACUUCUGCUUUUUAUAUUAAUAGUUUUUGUAGAGUGUGAAGCAGUGCAUUUUGCUGGAAUCAGUGAAGAUUAUGAUGGGUCAGGUAACUUGGGAAACCUCACUGCUCCAUGUAAUAAUCACUGUGGCUGUGAAAGCUCUGACUAUGCUUCUGUAUGUGGAAGAGAUGAUACUGAGUAUUUCUCUCCCUGCUUUGCAGGCUGCACAUCUAGGAAAAUCUUUAAUAAUGAAAAGACAUACUACAAUUGUUCUUGCAUUAAAGAAGGAUUGACAACUGCAGAUUUUGAAGGUGAUUUUGUUGACGCCUUUCCUGGAAAAUGUAAUACCAAGUGUUUUAAACUUCCUUUGUUUUUUGCUUUUUUCUUUUCUUCAAUUGCUUUUUCUAGUUCAGCUACUAUACCAAUCAUCUUGAUUAUCCUUCGAACUUUACCUCCCAAUUUAAAGUCACUGGGCAUGGGUGUGACCUAUACAACGUUGAGAUUAUUUGGAUCAAUUCCCGGACCAAUACUUUUUCGAUUAACAGCAAAUAAUUCUUGUAUUUACUGGGAUGUUAAUAAAUGUGGAAUUAGAGGACGUUGUUGGAUCUAUAAUAAGUCGAGAAUGGUCUACAUACUGUUGGGACUAUGUAGUGCUUGCAAAUUGUCCACAACUUUACUUGUAUUUUCUGCACUUCGUAAAUAUGAUUUUAUGAUAGCUGAAAGUUCUGAGAAUCUGAACCUGCCUGAAAAGAAAGCAAAAGAAACUAAAAAAGGAAAAAAAUAAUCUCUGAUUUCUUCAUUGGACUGGAGAACCUGUGAGAGUCCACAUUCUAAGGACAACAGUCUAUCCUUUGAAGAUUUCUUACGAUUUCUGGCCAGGCUAUAAAUCAGAAGAGAAAUUACAGCAGAAAAGUACCUAUGUGUAUCUUCAUUUUUACAAUAAAUAAUACU